AUGAGAGAUGGAUUGAAUGAGAAAUGAAGAGAAAGAUGGAACCGACCAAAGGAUUACCGACUGCAGCUAACUCGGGAAAAAAUGGAAAACUCUCAUAAUACAUACAUACAUAUGUAUGUCUCAAUCAUGUAAUAUCUAAUUGUAUCUUAAGAGAUAUAAGCUACAGUUUCGAGGUGAAGUUCGACACAGUGAUUGCGAAGCUAACGUGACAAAUAAUUCUAUACACACAAGACAAUAUUUAUCAAAGGAAAUAUUUUCAUAUCGUGUGUAACAAUGAUUUCACAAAGGGCACGGCAUCACAACACGUUUCAUAAUCAAAUCAAUUGAUUUUCGCAGAUUUAACUUUUCGUAACUUAGCUAUAUCUAAGAAUUAAAUUUUCACGUCAAUUUUAACUUUUUAAUCGUUUAAAUAAGUAACUUUUAAUACUUUUUAUACAGGCCAGAAACGACGUUGAAAAUAUCUUGCAGCGCACGACAUUGCUGGUACAAGACCAUGAAAAUUAUUAUAAAAAACUCCUUCAUCGGAAUUCAAUUGACUAUGAAAGUUUGCAUCAUGUACCUCAAGAAUAUCCGAAUUCUAUGAAUCUCGAUAAAAACUAUCUUGUAUUCUCAUGGAUGCUCUCUAACCCCGAAUUUGCGUUGGAAAUGGCGAGAUUAAUUUCAAGAUAUGAUCUGUCUCUUGAAUACGCUAAGUCGAUUCAACAUGCUUUAUUAUGGUUAAACAAAUUGUUUGAUGUAAAAUGGCGACAAUUGCACAAUGAUCGCGAUUACAUCUCAAGAUGGAGACUUUUAAAUUUACAAAGACAAGCAAAAUUUAUUUUAGACAAUUUAGUAGCGGAGAAUCAACAACAGCAUGAGAAGCCAAAAGAAGGAAAUAGAAGCGACAUUAUUUUAAACACUGAAAAGAUUGAGGCUGAAGAAGAAACCUUAAUGGAAAACAAUAAAGAAAAUCUUAGUGAAACUAACAAGACUGAAAUAAGUAAAGAUAAAGCUUGGGAAAAUAUACCGAGUGAUUAUAUCAUAUCUACAGAAGAAACACAAAUGAACAAUUCGGAAUUAUUAAAACGUAUAAAAAGUGACAUUGAAGAUAAGAGUCUUACUACUGUUAAAAUGCCAAUCAAUGAAAAUUUUAACGUAUCCACUGACGAUAAUUCUAUCGUUAAUGAUACAGUUAUUUCUAAAAUAAAAACACUUGAGGAUAAAAAUCUUAUGUUAAACAAAACUUCGUCAAAGUCGAACAAAUUUAUAAGUACUCUUCACGACAAUCGCACGAAAGAUGAAAAACGGUUUGGUCAACUGGAAAAUGUUUCCUCAAUUUCGCCAAGAGAGAUUGCCAUAGGCACUUUACAAAAGACUGAUCAACCGAAAUCUACAGGAACGGGUGCUAUGCAUGGAUCUUUGAAAAACGUAACGGGCAUUCUAAAGACUCGAAGGACACUUGACGUUCCCAUAUCUUCGAAGAAGAACAAAGAAUAUGAUACAAAAAAUAGACGCGUAUCAGCAAAAAACAUCACUGGCAACCAUCAUGUUAAUGAGAAGACGGCGAUCAAAUUAGAUAAUGCUUCAGCGAUAGAUGAUAUUCUAGAAGCAGUGGAUGAAGUCUUUCCAACGGAUAAGUCGGUGGAGAUGUUACGAUAAGAUUCACAAAGAACUUUAGGAUACUAUCUAGGAUAAUUUCAGGCAAGAAAAAAAUGUAACGUCUUAGGAAACAUGUUUCUUAACCACGUGUAGUCAUUAUAUGACUACCCAAGGAGAACAAAAAGUCAAAAUGAUGUCAUGGUGACGUCAAGAUAACGGGAAAAUAUCAGAGUUUGAUCACUGAAACUUUAUGACUUCAAUAUGACUAUACAGUGACUCGCCAUUAUGCUUAUUUUCGAAAAUAUAAUUUUUUGAGAGGAGAUUGCCUGGCACUUAUUCAUUGAAAUUAUCUUAUAUGUAUAUACAGGGUGAUUCAGGAGGAAAAAGGUCAAUAUUUUGGGAGGUGAUAGUAUCGGUCAUUUUGAGCAAAACUGUUCAUAUGAAUAUAUGUCCUAUUCCCCACUGUUUCUCCGAGAUAGAGCUACUUGAAUGUACCAUUACAAAAAUACUAACAAUAAAGAAAUACUACGUACUAUUUCUAAUA